AUGUCGGCGCGAGCCCUGUACGAGAGGUUUGGUGAUGAGGCCGCCCAUAUCCAGCAGCUUAUAUCCUCGAUUUCCUCGACUGCUCAAAACUGUGAGAGCACUCACGAAGCUCGAAAGGAGAUAGAAGUUCUCCAAUCCGAUGCAAGAAAAGGGUUUUCGGCGUUAAAUCUACUUGUGGCCGAGUUGGAACAAGCGGCACACUCAACUGCACCAUCUCGUGUUCAUGAAAAUCUUUCGAAUAGCAAAAACCAGCUUCUUUCUCUGCAGGUAAUUUGCACUCGCUCUUAUCAUAAGUGACAACCUUAUCCUAACUUGCUAAACCACAGUACAUGUGCAUUGAUGAGCGGCACGUAUCCCUAGUAGCAAACGAUAUCGGGUAGAUAUCCAGUAGAUAUCUAUCUAUGGGGAUUAAUAUAUCGACUGGAUAUCUAUCGUGUCGCAAAAUGGAUAUCUAUCAGAUAUCGGUUAGUCGAGAUACUACAUGGACGCCCCGGGGCGUAAUAUGGUACGCCUGAAGUCGUUUACGUUAACCGACACUGUAACCUAUAUAUAUAUAUAUUUGAAAAAAGAUGGGUUCUGUGGGACAAGAGGGUUCCCCAGGUCGUCGUCAGACCAGUGUCGAAAAUUUACGCAAUAAACCCUCUUGUCCCACAGAACCCAUCUCUUUUCAACUUAUAUCGCUUGGGAUGCCUACCUUUCGAUAUAUAUAUAUAUAUAUAUAUAUAUAUAUAUAUAUUACAAAACUGGAAUUUAUUCUAAAAAGUGUCCGUGUAGGAAAUUUAGACAAAGACACCUCCUAAUCAAUCAAUCAGUGAACCCAACCUUGUUAUCAACGUUAACGUUAGUCCCAGGGAUGACCCGAACACCAGCCGUCUCUUAGAAAAUACCAGAAAUGCAUACUAACCCCAAUUUAAAUAAAAGUCGUUCGUUAACUUCCUACAAGAUUUUGAGCGACAACCAUAGUCAAAUUCUGCAAGCUGUCCUCAUGAGUUGAACACUCUGACGUUCAAAUCAGACUUCCAGACUCCAUUGCUCUCGUAGCCGCGUUGUUCCAUGCUUGCCUUUUCAUGUAUUUUACGCCUCAAUACAAUCCUGUCAUCAUCCGGAUCUGUCUCUGCAACUGACGGUCUCCGUUCCUUGAAUUGAUUAACCCUUCCUGGACCUUUUUACUCUUAAUACUGUUGGCUAAUGUGCAUUCUAGAGCCCUUUCUGAUGUUUAAAAAAACAAAACACGACCCAGUCAGAACAUGUUCGAGAACAUUGAUCCCUUUUUCUGGAGAUAACCGGUAGAUCAGGAUGUUUCCAAAAAUGUGAUCUAGAACUAUGGAAUCAGUUGGAAAAAGGACCUGCCGGAUGGGGGUGGCUUGUGUCUACGCAAAAGGAAUAAAAGUGGAAUGAAAAGGAUGGGGAAUUCUCAGCAGCAUCAAUAACUGGUUAUGUGCUAAGCUAAAGUACCUCCAUUCUCGUGACUUGUAUUUGCGUGUCAUACUCCACAAUUUUUGGUAGAGGACAUCGCUCAAGCGUUUCCGCUCGCCACUUUUAAUUUGUCCGUUGAUGACUCGGAGUUGCCUUUCAAGUGUCCAGACAGCACUCAUUGCGGUUAGUCGUUGGGCCUGCGAAAGUUCCCAAAUGAUUGACCCUUCUGCGGCGGAAUAAAUAUCGUGAGACACCUACAGGAUUUCAGACCAUUACCCAUUAGGGUUGUUCCUAGCCGAGUCCACCCCUUUUUCAACCAGUUGUCUGGCGCUCGUUGGAAUCAGAGCAGCCGCACUCUUCCUACAGGAUUUUUUGGAUUGCAUGUUUUCGAGAGUCAUUGAUCUGACGGGUAGCCCUGGAGUUAUACGAAGGCCCGAAACGACCUGCUUACCAGUCAUUGGAUUUCGGCUUUCCGAAGAUACGCACAGAAGCCCGCUUAAGGUCCGCUUAUCUGCUUAAAAAUGGGAAAUUAAUUUCGAUGAGUCCCGAGAGAGGAGCGCCGUAAAAUUGGAGCACAUAACUCCGAGCGCACACAACUUACACUGACAAGGAAAAGCAGUGGACAAAAUACACAUCCACUGUCAAUAAUCAUAAGUUUUGGUCAGCGUUGAAGUUACAAUUUAGGAAAGCUUGUGUCCGGAGCUUGUGACGACCACCACUGAACAUUCUGUGUCUUCAAGUUGCAUCUGUAAAAGUAGCUAUGGUGGGACAGAUAGGCCCAGGACAGGCGCGUCAUUUACCGGUCAAAAGUCUAUUACCAGGGAGGUUUAAAAUGUGCUUACCAGGACAACCUAAGCCCGCAUGCACUCACCCCCAAAUGUGCAUAACUGUAAGAGGUAUUCUUUGUGUCACCUUCCAUUGUACAGCUGACAAAUUUGUCCUGAUUUAUCUUGAAAAAAGUUUUGAAGCAGUCUAAUUGACUUGGGUUUACCGCGUAUCUGGUCAUUAACUCAGUAGACAGCGGACUUGUGUACUAUUGGAGGUUCAAAUGGCUCUGAAUGCAGGAUAGGAUUGACCAGUACUUGGAGGGCGCUCGAACGCGGCCGGACUGGUGCGGGCUAUGAAAGUGCCUUCCGAGAUUACGGCGGACAACCUGAACCUCCAGUCCUAUAUACGAAGAUAUUUCUAAACUGAUCCCAAAUGACGUUUAUAUUAAAUCUAGUGAUGCAACUCUAUAUGAUUAUGUCCUCUAAGCUCCAAAGAAGAAUAAUCCUGUAACACGGAAAGGAGCAGGCAGUUUUACGACCGGAGCACAACUGUGUGGAUUAUGUUUUAACUCUGUCAUGAACCCUUAGUACGGUAAAUCAUUGCACCCUUAGACAUAACAACUACAGCAAACAGUCGACAAUUGUAGCCUCUGUAUAUCCGUCAGCAGCCUUAGAGUAACCUGUCUGCUCUGUGAUACUUCUUGCAAAAUAGUGUCCCUCGGAAGUUUCUUUCACAUACAAAGACAUCCUGUAUCAACUCGAGAAAGAAUGAAGAUGUAUGGACAUUGUUCUGUACUGUUAGGUACGCUCGUGUCGUACACCAGUGAUAUCCAAUUUCUUCAAAUUUUUAGUUUUCAAUAUCCCAAACACCCUGCCGAUUGGCCAGCAUAAGCGCCUGUGGCGGUUAUUAAUGUACUGCGAUGCCAUAAACGUAUUUCUGGUGGUUGAUUAGCUGACAAAGUAGUAUACUCCUAAGUGGACCUUCCUUAGGGCAUAGGAUUUUCAUUCGCCACUAUCAGAAUACCCUUACGUCCUGUGCCACUGUGACGUUAGACCAAGGCGGGUGCCACCUUUUCCCACGACAUGUGUUAUAUGGGCUACGCCAGUCAGCAUGUGCCCUUAACUACUGCCAAAUGUGCUUUUGAAACGCAUCGCGCGGGGGGGUCUAUCUGGCACCAACCACUGCGCCCAAUUGCGUCUCCAGUCGGGCGAAGCGAAAAGAGGGUAAGACGACAGAUCUAGCGUAUACUGCCCCCGACUGUCUGAUAAUUGUAGCUUGGAAAGUUGCUAACUAACAAACCAACUCGGCAACCACCCUUUAUCUUUGGUGACAUGAAAGCCCGUGCGCGGCACGCUUUGAACUGAAGCAGCACUCUGCGUCAACUGCUGCGCCCACUCGGAUUCCCAGCUGUUUGUGCGGAAUAGGGAAGGCCGGCUGAGAUGGAUCUUGAUCGGACUCAGCGCCUGGUUCCCCUACUGCAAACAAUCAGGUACGCAUUUAAAACAUUGCGACAUGAGAGACUGCUCCUGACUGGGAGGUAGACUACAACGACUCCGUCUUAUUAUGGCCAUUAUUAGACCCUAAUUCACAGGAGAUACAAGAUCCCUUACGGACGGAUUGUUUAGUCUUGUUAGUUACUAUGUCCGCGCCAAUCUCCAGGCGGCUUACCCCUCACAAGGUGUGUGGGGAGUAGGAAGUCAGUGUGCAUGUCACUGAAUGUAUAUUAUCGUAGCUUACGGUGGACAAACUAGUAGCAUUAGCAGCUGCAGAUUAUAGGUAGACGUGACUAGAAACCCUUAAAAGAUUUUUAUCUCUCUUGCGCCAGAAUGCCUACCGGGAGACGGUGUAUUCCGCUCUACGCAAGCUCGAGGCUGCUGAGCGUAAGCAGCUCAUUUCUGGUUCUUCGAGGACAAACGCCUCUGAGGAGGCAAAAAUUCGCAACCAAGUGUUGAGCUCCCUAAAACUGACGGACGAGAUGAGGAUCCACGCGCGACGACUUGCGGAGGAGGUAGCUCGCGGCAUGGCAAACGCCGAACUGGUGGAUGACUCCUCUGGCCAAUUCAACAGCAAUCUAAAGGGCCUCAAAGACAUGGGCGGCCAUUUGCAAAUGGCCGGCCGUUUGGGCCACAAAUUAUCCAGACGUCGUAUUGCGGACUGCGUUCUAUUUACCCUAGUCUUUCUUUUUUUCUAUUUGACUUGCGCCUAUAUCAUCCUAAAACGGUUGUACUUUUUCAAGCUUCUUUGA